GAGAUGGAGAGAGUGGGAGGGAUGGUAUAGCGCCAUGCACACGCAAACAGAAGGCUUUUUUUAUCCGAUGCAGGUUGACUCUCGUUGGGGGAACACCGGUGUGGAUGGUAGUGUUGCCCUCAGGACGUUUCCCCUUUAAGGAUGAGCAGAGGUUGGUGUGUGUGUGUGUGGGUGGGUGAGCGUGUGUGUGUGUGUGUGUGUAAGUAACCUUGCGGUGUAAUCUCACGCCUCUCCGGAUCUGGACUCGUCUCCUAUGGCCGUGGAUAAGAUGAUGUCUCCGCCGUGGAGGAGUCUGAAGAAUAUGAAGUGCUUUUCUCCGGUGAUGUGCCAGUGCAAACUAAUAUGCAGCAACAGGACCCUCUCGCUAAUGUUCGGCUGCAAGAAAUACAGGUAUCAGGAUGAGGAGACUCCGCCCCUGGAGCAUAGCCCCGCCCACCUGGCCCACAGCAAAAGUGCUGAGAUGCUGCAUAUGAGCGACAAAAACUUGGCUGCCAUGGACACCAUGCACAGCUACGCUCCACACACACACAUCUCUCCUGUGAAGCCGGUGUUGCUGUCGGCUGGCCACACCCCUCUGUACACCUCUGCUGUCUCCACACUGGCUAAUUCUCCACCAGUAGUAGUAAAUACAGACACUCUGGAUGGAUCACCUUAUGUCAACGGGACGGAGGGGGAGAUCGAGUAUGAAGAGAUCACGUUGGAAAGAGGGAACUCUGGUCUGGGUUUCAGUAUAGCAGGAGGGACAGAUAAUCCUCAUGUAGGAGACGAUCCCAGCAUCUUCAUCACCAAAAUCAUCCCCGGAGGAGCAGCAGCUCAGGACGGGAGGCUGAGGGUCAAUGACAGUAUUCUGUUUGUGAACGAUGUGGACGUGCGGGAGGUGACCCACUCUCAGGCUGUAGAGGCGCUGAAGGAGGCCGGAGCCAUCGUACGUCUGUACGUCCUCCGCCGGAAACCCAUCGCUGAGAAAGUCACCGAAAUCAAACUAGUUAAAGGCCCGAAAGGUUUGGGGUUCAGUAUAGCUGGUGGGGUGGGUAAUCAGCACAUUCCAGGAGAUAACAGCAUCUACGUCACCAAAAUCAUCGAAGGAGGAGCGGCGCAUAAAGAUGGACGACUACAGAUCGGCGACAAGAUACUGGCGGUGAAUAACGUGUGUCUGGAGGACGUUAUGCACGAGGACGCAGUCGGAGCGCUGAAGAACACGGCGGAGGUCGUCUACCUCAGAGUGGCUAAACCGAACAACCUUUACCUUACCAACAACUACAACCCUCCAGACCUCACCAGCACAUAUUCUCCUCACAUGGACACUGACCUCGGCCACAGCUAUCUGGGCUCAGAUUACCCACAAGCCCUCACUCCCACCUCCCCCAGCCGCUUCUCUCCAGUGUUGCAUAGCAUGCUGGGAGAUGACGACCUGCCCAGAGACCCCAGGCGUGUAGUGAUCCACAGGGGUUCUACAGGUUUGGGCUUUAAUAUAGUGGGAGGUGAGGAUGGAGAAGGAAUCUUUAUCUCCUUCAUUUUAGCCGGAGGACCAGCAGACCUGAGCGGAGAACUGAGGAAAGGAGACCAAAUACUGAGUGUAAACGGUGUUGACCUGAGAGCCGCUACACAUGAACAAGCUGCAGCUGCGCUAAAGAACGCCGGACAGACUGUCACCAUUAUAGCUCAGUACAGACCAGAGGAGUACAGUCGGUUUGAGGCUAAAAUCCAUGAUUUGAGAGAGCAGCUGAUGAACAGCAGUUUGGGCUCUGGAACAACAACGCUGAGGAGUAACCCCAAACGAGGGUUUUACAUCAGGGCUCUGUUUGAUUACGAUAAGACAGCUGAUGGUGGGUUUCUGAGCCAGGCGGUCAGUUUCCGUUUUGGUGAUGUCCUCCAUGUUCUGGACUGCAGUGAUGAUGAGUGGUGGCAGGCCCGACGGGUCAGCGCAGGGGGCGAGGCCGAGGAGCUCGGCUUUAUACCCAGCAAGAGGAGGGUGGAGAGGAAAGAGUGGUCCCGCUUAAAGACGAAAGACAGGGAUCGCAGUCGAGACAGUUUAGGAUCACAAGGUAGAGAAGAAUCAGCGCGCAGUUAUGAGACGGUGACACAAGUGGAAGUACACUAUGCGAGACCCAUCAUUAUCCUCGGGCCAGUGAAGGACCGGGUGAAUGAUGACCUGCUGUCAGAGUUUCCAGACAAGUUUGGCUCCUGUGUUCCUCAUACGACGCGGCCGAAGCGCGAGUAUGAGGUGGAUGGGCGGGAUUACCACUUCGUAUCGUCACGGGAACAGAUGGAGAAGGAUAUCCAAAGCCAUCGGUUCAUAGAGGCUGGACAAUAUAACAGCCACCUGUACGGGACGAGUGUACAGAGCGUACGAGAGGUGGCCGAACAGCAGGGGAAACACUGUAUUCUGGAUGUUUCGGCGAAUGCUAUCCGCAGACUGCAGGCCGCACAGCUUCACCCAAUAGCCAUCUUCGUCCGGCCAAAGUCUCUGGAGAAUGUCCUGGAGAUUAAUACGCGUCUGACGGAGGAGCAGGCGAGGAAAGGGCUGGACCGAGCCGUCAAACUGGAGCAGGACUUCCUCGAGUGUUUCACAGCCGUGGUGGAGGGGGACAGUUUUGAGGAGGUUUACCACAAAGUGAAGUCGGUGAUAGAGGAGCAGUCGGGGCCGUACAUCUGGAUCCCCACCAGGGAGCGCCUGUGAGCACGGAGACGAAAAAACGGAGAGAGGGAACACCACUCAGCCUAACUCACCCGCACAGAGAGAGAGAGAGAGAAGACGACAGAACAGAAGAGAAAGAGAGAGAGAGAAAGGAAUACUGCGUGUGGAACAGCACAGGAAAACUCCACACAUCCCUCCGUCUUUUUCUUUUUCUUCUUCUCCUUUCUUCUAAUCUUUUCUCGCCUCCUCCUCUCUCCUCCCUCUCCUUCUCUCUCUCUCCUUCUCUCUCUCUCUCUCUCUCUCUCUCUCUCUGCGUGCAUCACUAUAUCUCUUGCACAGGGCUGUUGACCUGUUUUUACUCAAUAAAUCCCUCUUUAUCGCCAUUAAAGGAGGGAACGAAAAAGAAAGAAAAGGAAAACUACCAUCUCCGAACGAUGGAACGACGGAAUGAUGGAACGACAGAAUGAAAUGAUUAAAUCCUUCCUUUUUUUUACUCUGUUGGACUCCUUCCUUCUCUUUUCCGUCCCAGUGUCUCCCUUUCUCUCUCUGUCCACGUGAAGAAGAAAGGAGGGAUGGGCGAGUGAGGGAGAGAGAAAGAGAGACAGCCAUGACUAUUAAGCGAACGAGACGAAGGAUAAGAGAAGUUUCGGAUGGACGGAGGGAGUGUCGAAACGAAAAAAAAACCCAAACAAACGAAAGUAUAUUUAUUAAUAACAGUAAUAUUAUAACGAGGAAAUCUACGUACUGUGACUUUUCCGAGACAAUUUUGAGUUAUUUUAGACAUCUGAUGUGCAGAAGAGAGCGAGGGAGGGAG